GGCGGGGGGGGUCUGUAUUGAGAAAUCAAUUAGAGGGGGGGGGGUUGAAUUGAGUGAUCAAUUAUUAGACCCGGACGUCCCAACACUUGCUUCGCAAGACAAACUCAAGGUAUCCCCUAAAGGGCUACCUUUCGUGAAAUGGUUCAUCUGUUGGAAGAGGUGAACGAACACCUGAAAGACCUUACCCAAGUCUGCUUUGUCAAGCGCGAAACCACAUUGAACCCCUGGAAACCCACAUGAGACAAACGACCGAGUCAUCAUUGCCGCAUUCAUGAUUGGCAGUUGCAUCCCUGACAAAUGAAUUGAAAAAUGCUUGGCAAAACUGGCCGACGAACGGCUACGCACCAAGCAGCUGAGUGUCGAAAGUGUUUGCAAAACGAUUUCCCAGUGCGUUCAAACAACUUGGUCCUUCACACACAAGCAAGAGUGGACUGUCUGACCUGCCAUCGGUUUCUCAGACGAAACAAGGGCUUCAACAAUUUGUCGUGCUCCAUCAAAACCCUGACAAGCAAUUCAUGCGAUCUGCGGGUUGAGAAAAUGGGGCCCGGCCAGUCAUUCUGCGAAUCUGAUUUGCACCAGUUUUUCAAGAUGACAGCCUGGUUCGUGGCAUGGAAUCGCUUUUGGCACGGACAAAAUGCUUCAAUCGCCCAAGGGUUGGGAUAUGUGAGCCGCAGCGGUCCGCUUCGCGGCGGCGAAGCCCAACGGAGGCUAUGGAUGUGGCACUGGCCUUCGAGCAGCUACAUGACCUUCGGGCACAGCACCGGCCUCGGCAAUUGAGCGACACUGGCGUGCGAGUGAGCGACACUGAGGGACUCGUGGACACUGCGGCUGAAGAAGCUGUCAUGGGUAGUCAGGUCUAUGCUGCUUUGAAGGAGGAGCUUCGACCAACUUCAAUCACCUGUGGCCUUGCGUCUGUUGCACAGGAUACAGUUGCUGUUGGUGUGCAUGACUUGCAACAUACGCCAACCACAUGCGCGACACAGGAACAUGGUUAUUGCGUGACAGCAACCCGCCUUGGAACACAAAAGGUCCAAACUGCGUGUGGCACAGCGACAAAGCACCCAAAGAAGCCCACUUUAAUUGCCUAACCUAACCUCAUGUUCUCUGGUUCUUCCACAGCCUUUCCAAGAAGUGUCAUUGACAACUGCUCUGUGUCUGAUCCCUAAACGACAACAAGCCCUCAGAGACCAGCAUCCUAUAGGGAGACAGAGGGAGACAGGGACAGGAGUGAGACGCACCUUGGCAACAGCAUCGCUCCUCAGAGCGCCCCUGUUGUCAAAUGUCCUUCCUUGACUAUAUAGUUUCCUAAAUCUAUGUUAUUAGAUUAUUAGAAUGGUAUCAAGUUCUUUCUCCUUUUCCUACCACAAGGCCACAUCACAAAUCUAAAUGAAUCGAGAGGCUUCUGCCCGGUGUCUGUUUGCUGAAGACACGGGCUGGCCUUCUCGAAGUGGCCAGUUGCAAGGGCCACCGGAAAGGGCAGGAAAAGUAAGAACGAUGAUUUCCCUGAUUUACCUCCCUGAUUUACCUGGCAGCCUUCUAACAACUCUGCUGAUUCACUCUGUUUUGGCGGCUCUACUUCUGGGGGUGUCCUAGGCUAUCUAUGCAGCAUGUACAUGGAUGGGUGGCCAGUGGUCAGGUAAGUUCGAGGAGUCAUCCAUUGUAACUUAUUGCGCCUUCGCCAGUGUCUCUCUGCGGUCCAAACCUUUUUGGGCCUUCCAGAGAUCUGGCCGCUUCAAUCAAAGCUCACACUUGAGUGGUGUGAGGAGCUCUAUCAAAUUUGUUGACUCGCAAAGCUUCUUGCCCGGAUCUUUCAAGAUGAUUCACGUGACCAACACGAUACAAAAUGUUGGAAGUUCAAUGUGGUCACUUCCUGAUCGAAGAGCUUCUCAUGACGGGACAAGAAGGCGGCCCAUGGGUGUUACCCAUCGAAGCAAAAGUAACAAAAUAGAGACUCAUAGACUCAUAUGACUUCCUCGAGCCAAA